GGCUGGAGGAGGCGUGGCCGGGGACACGUGGUCCGGAACCGGCGCCGCACCUGCCCCUGGCGAGCCGGCCACCUCCGCCGAGUUUCCCAGGCCGGCUCUUACUCCAGUCGCCCAGCAGUCUCUCCGCAGAGGUAGGAACCGCCAGUCGGCCAGUCUCUUGCUUCUAAGAAUCUCAAGCCCUGAAGCUGCAGGAUGUCGGCUCUCACCACCCUGUUUCAGUACAUUGAUGACAAUCAGGACCGCUACGUCCAGAAGCUGGCAACAUGGGUGGCUAUCCAGAGCGUGUCGGCGUGGCCCGAGAAGAGGGGAGAGAUCCGCAGGAUGAUGGAGGUCGCCGCGGCUGAUAUCCAGCAGCUGGGCGGCUCUGUGGAGCUGGUGGACAUCGGAAAGCAGAAGCUCCCUGACGGCUCCGAGAUCCCGCUGCCUCCCAUCCUCCUUGGCAAGCUGGGCUCCGACCCCCAAAAGAAAACGGUGUGCAUCUACGGGCACCUGGAUGUGCAGCCCGCGGCGCUGGAGGACGGCUGGGACAGCGAGCCCUUCACCUUGGUGGAGCGGGACGGCAAAUUGUAUGGGCGAGGCUCCACAGAUGACAAGGGACCCGUAGCUGGCUGGAUAAACGCCCUGGAGGCCUAUCAGAAAACAAAUCAGGAGAUCCCUGUCAAUGUCCGAUUCUGCCUCGAGGGCAUGGAGGAGUCUGGCUCGGAAGGCCUGGACGAGCUGAUUUUUGCCCAGAAGGACAAGUUCUUUAAGGAUGUGGACUACGUGUGCAUCUCUGACAACUACUGGCUGGGGAAGAAGAAGCCGUGCAUCACCUACGGGCUCCGCGGCAUCUGCUACUUCUUCAUCGAGGUGGAGUGCAGUGACAAGGACCUGCAUUCGGGGGUGUACGGUGGCUCGGUGCACGAGGCCAUGACAGAUCUCGUCACGCUGAUGGGCUCUUUGAUAGACAAGAAGGGCAAGAUCCUCAUCCCAGGCAUCAACGAGGCCGUGGAUCCGGUGACCAGUGAGGAGCAGGAACUCUACGACCACAUCGACUUUGACCUGGAUGAGUUCGCCAAGGACGUGGGGGCCAAGACGCUGCUGCAUGACUCCAAGAAAGACCUCCUCAUGCAUCGGUGGCGGUUCCCGUCCCUCUCCCUGCACGGCAUCGAGGGCGCCUUCUCCGGCUCCGGGGCCAAGACCGUGAUCCCCAGGAAGGUGAUCGGCAAGUUCUCCAUCAGGCUCGUGCCGAACAUGACCCCUGAAGUCGUCAGCGAGCAGGUUAUAAGCUACUUGACUGAGAAGUUUGCUGAGCUACACAGCCCCAACAAGUUCAAAGUGUACAUGGGCCAUGGUGGGAAGCCCUGGGUAUCCGACUUCAACCACCCUCAUUACAUGGCUGGGAGAAGAGCCCUGAAAACAGUUUUUGGGGUGGACCCAGAUUUGACCAGGGAAGGCGGCAGUAUCCCUGUGACUUUGACCUUCCAAGAGGCCACGGGCAAGAACGUCAUGCUGCUGCCCGUGGGGUCAGCUGACGAUGGUGCCCACUCCCAGAAUGAGAAGCUCAACAGGCACAAUUACAUAGAAGGAACCAAGAUGCUGGCUGCAUACCUGUACGAAGUGUCUCAGCUCAAGAACUGAGAGGCCACCAUCGCGCGGGUGCGUGUCCAACCGGAAGUCAUCCUGCCCCUGCCCUUGCCCUUGCCCUCUGACCUCUCCCCUGUCGCAGUCUCAUGAGGCCAUGCACAGACUUCCAAGUGCAUGUGCGUCCAGCUGUCCGCAGGUGGGGUCCGCCGUACAGGUGGCUGGGAGUGUCGCCCUGAACCCCUCCCGACUCUCCCUAGCAGUCAGCAGGACUGGACCUCAUGAGACCUUGCAGGAAGUACUGGCUGUCAGGAAUCAGGGGGAGGGAGGACUCGCCUCCUGCUGUGUCCUUCCAUCUCAGUUUUCCAGUUGGAUUAUUCAGAAGGGAACCAAGGAGAAAAGCCAGGGGUAUCUCACGCUGUGGGGCCCCUGCCCGGCCCCUCAGUCUCAGGGCUGUCCUUGCUCUGACCUGCCAGGUGCCUCUUCUUGUACCCACACGUGCCCGUGAGGGCUCGGUCAUCUCAGUCCGUGCUGCUCAAUAAAAAGCAGAACCCAA